GACCGUACAAUUCACUAAUCGUGAGAAAAACUCCAUAGACUUCUGAAAUCAAUUAACAUCACUGUUAAAUUAACGUGUUUCAUGUUAUUUAAAGUUAUUGCAUAUUGUCACAGUGUCACAAAAGUAAAUAUUUCAUUUUGAAACAUAACUGAAAGCCACACAGUACAACGAACAGAUAUUGGCUAGAAAAGAGGAAAAGAUUUAAAGGAGAUCCUGUGGAUGAUAAAAUGUACUCUAAAAGAGAAAGGAAGCCGAAGGUUUGGGCAGGUUUUGAAACUGAAGCACCUUCUGAAAAUCAGAGAGACAGAAUACAACACAAUGAGCAGGUUGAUAAAGACAAAGUUACUGAGAAUAAAUCUGACAAGAACAACAGCCCAGUCAAGAAGGACAUGGACUAUUCUACUACUAGUGUUAAGAAGGGUAAACGAAAGUCACAAAAGUUAAACAUUACUUUUGAAGAUGAUUCAAGUGAGAAAGUUGAAAAUGAUACAAAUAGUAUUGAAAAGUUUAAAGGUGUGGAAGAAGUGCUCAUAACUAAAGGAACUACAGAGCUAAAAAACAAUGAAGAAAAAAAGCGAAAGGUAAAUAAAUUUGUACAACCUAGUCAAGGAUUUGGAGAUGAUUUAGAUGAAAAAGUUCCAGUGUCAGAAGAGGAAUUGGAAAGUAUUAGACAAGCUGUUGAAAGUAAAAGAACUACAAAAUAUAUUGAAAAGUGUGAUAGGGUGAUGGUAAGACAGGAGUCAAAAGACACUACUAAGCUAGAAGAUGAUAGCACUCCUGUAAAGCAUAAAGCAAUUGAAGAAAACGAUUCUAAAAACAAUAAAGGACAAUCAAAAUCUAAUGAAGCUAAUGAUAGUAAUACCAUUAAGAUUGACUCUGAUAUUAGCAAUACUGGGUCUCAGAAGAAAACCCCUGGUAGGAAAAGAGGAAGGCCUAAAAAAGCUGUUAUUGAAGAUUCCAGUGAACAAGUAGAAGCAACUGAUAAAGAUUUAGAUCAAUCAAAUGAAAAAGGAAAUUUAAACGAUGACACUGAUCUAGACGAAAGUGCUAGAUUACUAAGCACUCCUGUAAGUGCUCCUGUUAGGAAAAGAGGAAAAAGAAAAAUGCUGGAUGAAGGUGAAUCCCCUCAGGAAAAAACUCUUGAACACAGUUUUGUAACUCCUGUUUCAACAUCUAAGCAAAGAGGCAGAAAAAAGAAAUCACAAAGUGAUGCAAGUGAUGAAAUUGAAAAGGAAUUGAACAAAUCCCAGGGAUCAAGUAGGAAAGGUCGGAAACGAAAAGAGAUAAAUUAUGCCGCUAUGGAGGAUGGUGAUGAUUUGAAAGAAGAGUCUACCGAACUUCCUGCCAAAAAGAGAGGUCGUAAGAGAAAGGAGGUGAAUUAUGCAGCAGUUGAUGAUGGUGAUGAAAUAGAAGAGUCUGAAGACCAAAAUGAAGUCAACAUAUUUGAUAAAGAUGACGAAGAACUUGACUAUGAAGCAGAUGAUGUUUCUUUUACAUCCAAGAAAACCCCUUCACGGAAAACUCCAUCUAAACAAGUGAAGAACCUCCAGUGUAAACAUUGUGAUUAUCAUGGAAAGACAGUGAUUGAUAUAAGGAAACAUUAUGCCAUAUCUCAUCAGCUAUGGUGGACUGAGGAAAACCCGGAGGGAAUUUUCGACAAAUCUUGCUGGGCAAAUGUAUUCAAGCUGAAGAAAUUCCUUAACUGUACAAAGUGUGAUAAACAGAUUAACUUUGUAACAUACUAUCCUAACCAUUUUGAAUGGUGCGGAAGGGAGCAUUUAACAUACACAUGUGAGCAUUGUGAGAAGGACAAUCUUGUGUUGCGUUGGCAACAGCUACACUUAAAGACAUGCCCAGCACUCCUGGCACAGUUAGAUAAAGAGAGGCGGACAGAAGAGAGCAGGAGACGUAAGGAGGAAAUGAAAAUGAUGGAAGAAACAGAGGAUUCUGGACGUGGCAGACAAAGAAAAGCUGCCAAAAAAGCAAGAACAAUGGUACAUAAUAUAUCAAAAGAUAUGGAACCGACUGCUGAGAGUGACAAAUCAGAUGACCCUGAUGUUGUUUUGAAUGAUGAUGAUGAGAAUGAUGAUGAGGAGGAGGAUGACAAUAUCGAUGAUGAUGAUGAUAUCAAUGAAGAUGAUGUACAAUCACCCAAUGAAAAUGAUUAUGAUGAUGAUAUUGUUGCUGAUGAUGAUUAUGAUGUAGAAGAUGACAAUAAUGGAAAAAAUCCUUAUUGGAAUAGAGCUGGUCAUUUCAAUCCACAUCCCUUAAUGGAAAAAUUUGUGGAAGAAAAUUGGUCUGAACAAUUGUUUUUGGAUUGGGUACCUUUGAAAAAGGACUGGAAACAACUUUCUCAGGAGGAAAGUGAGCCAUAUCUUCCUAAAAUGAAAGCCAGUAUAAGAUUCAGUUUCCAUGGCAACAAGAGUCCAUCUACCCUACACACUUUACAAUCUACAACCAUCGAUGAUUUUCCAUUGUUUUACACUGGUUUGUCUAUUUGGGAUUUGGCCUGGUGUCCAACAAGUUUGACCUGUACAGAUGGUCAGUUCCUGGCUGUAACUGGCAAAACUGACCAUGCUCAAAUGUUCCUCACAGAUCAGAGAUGGACAGGACCUGGUUUGAUCCAGAUUUGGUUUACAGGGAUACAAAAUAAUAAAUUGAAAUCGAAAGCUGUCCCAAGUUUACAAUUUAACAUGGUGCACGAUUUUGGACUUGCUACUCAAAUGUUAUGGUGUCCAUCAGGUUGUUAUAAGUCAAAUGAAAAUCAGACAGAGGCUGAGUCUUACACCAGGCUUGGUUUACUUGCUGUUUGCUUUACUGACGGAACUUGUAGGAUAUUUAGUGUUCCACUGAUGAGUACAGCCUCAGAUGGAGUACCGCAGACUUACAAAGUCAAGCCUGUUAUAACACUGAUGUCAUGUAAUGACCAUGAGGGUGGGAGUUACACCUGCUCUGCCAUGGACUGGAUCAAAACUCAAGGUCACUCCAAGAUCAUUUUGGGAUACUCCUCAGGUGCUAUCAAACUCUUCAAUCUUUUAUCAAGAUCUCCAUUACAACGUAUUACAUCAAAUGACGAAGUGCGGUUAUUUCCGUAUUUGAACUUACAACCACACGGCAAUCUGGUUCGAGCUGUACAAUUCUGUUCUCUGUUUGAGAACAUUAUAGUGACGUCAUCAGAAGAUUUUGAAACGAUUUUCUUCGAUUUAACAAAUCUGGGUGCUCCUAUACAUUGUGACAGUGGCUCUUACAUGCCUAUAUGUAUGUUUUCCUCUCUCUGGCAGCAUGGAGUUUUCAGCGGUUCAGAUGAAAAUUACGCUGUUUUAGCCAACAGGGCAAGAUAUAUUGAUAGUGGACAUGUUUUAUUCUUUGGAGCUCCAGCGCACCGGAAGGAUGAGAGAGGGGCGUAUUACAUCUCCUUGCAACCAGCAUGUAUAUGGGACAUUGAAUGUUCUGAGUGGGUAGGAUUAGUGGUGUCUAGUGAUAACAGAGGUUGCAUAGCUGGUCUGACACUUAAAGACUUCCUCAAGAUUUCCCCGGACUGUAAAACAUACAAAUUUAGACAGUUACUUCUACAAACAAUAAUUAAAGAGGAUACUGUAAUAAAAGAAGAACAUGAUACCAAGGAAAAUUCUUCAAGUGGUGUAGACCAAUCAGGACAGUGUAAAAAAUGUGCAAAUAUCCAAUCAAAAGAAACAUUACCAAAGGAUAACUCAGGAAAAGACCAAUCAGAAAUAAGUGUUCAGUGUACAUGUGAUAAAACUGACCAAUCAACAAGAGAGAAAGAUUUAUCCAAUGAGAUUCAUUCAGAUAUCAAAGUGGAAUUGAAUGAAGGUGAUAAUAAAACUAAAACAAGUGUAAUAAAGAGUAAAAAUGGAAAAACUCUUCAAAAUUAUCAAGAAUUAGUAAAUAAUUCAGUGCUUCAUUUCAAAGAGAAUUUCAAGGUUCCAAAAUAUGUGCCAAAUGAUAAAAACUCAGAUAGAUAUGACAGACCGUCAAUAGCUGCCAUAAAGUCUGUAAGCUUAAACCCCAACAAACACCAGUGUUGCUGGCUGGCAUACGGAGGUAAUACUGGACUAGUGAGAUUGGUGAAUGUACAGAAAAAUUUUGCUAAAGUAACUGAGGAUUAUCUCCGACAGAAACAUCAAAUAUGAGGACUCAUUCACUGAAAAAAUUGAUUAAAGUUAUUGAGGACAUAACAGAUUUUAAUUAUCUGAAUAAUUUGAUACAGAGUUGAUGUUUUAUCAUUCAGUAACUGAAUAACUCAACUUUACGAUAAUGUACUAAGGGACAUCUCAGACUUUUUGUAUCUGUCUAGUUGAAUCCUAGGAUAGAUAAUAUACUGAGGGGCAUCUUAAGAAACUGAAUCCUGAGAUAAAAUACUAAUAUGGCAUCUUAGACUAAAAAAAUAACUGAAUAAUUGGACCCUAAGAUAAUAUUCUAAGGGGCAUGCAAAUCUUUUAAGUAACUGAAUAACCAGACCAUUAUAUAAUGUACUGAGGGGCAUGAUAGAUCUGUUGAAAUUGAGUAAUUUAUUACCGGACUGUAAGUUUGAAAUAAUGUGUUGAAUGGCAUUACAGUUUUGUUGUUACAAAGAUAGAUUAAUUAACAGGGGAUAAUUAUAUUUCUUUUCUAUGUUAUUCAUUAAAUGCAAAUUCUUGGUGAAAUAGCAAUCACUGUGUUUUACAUAUAACUCAUUAAAGUGAGUGCAAUGAGA